UCAUCUGUUGUUCUGUUGUUUAACAAUUGAAUACUAAAGUGACUUAUUAUUAUAUUUUUGUCAAUAAAAUGUAAAUAUUGAACCGCUGAAUUUGCCACAAAUUGGAAGAAUAUCAAAAAUGAUGGACGAAGAAUUAGAAAUAGCAGCAAUGGACGAAGAUCCAGGUGACACAACUUGCACUAUAUGUUUCGCGGAGUUCCUGGACAUUGGCGACUUGAAUAUUCAUAUAAAACAAAUGCACCGAGUGUCCGUCUAUGUACAAUGCCAGUUUUGUGAAGUCAAAUGCUCAGAUAUGAUGGUGUACGCGUCACAUAUAAUUGAAAUGCAUUUGAUAUGUUUGAAAUCCUGCAAAUACUGCAGUAGGAUGUUCCUUAACUCGGAGAACUGCCGCCAACACGAGAAUAGGCACGUUAAGACCUUCCAUGGGAAAUAUGGCUGCUCUCAAUGCUCUCAGGUUUUUGUGGACGUACCGGAGUUGGCGGACCACGAAUAUGAGAAGCAUAAGGAUGCAGGUGAGGGGGUGUUGUUACAGGCACUUUUUCCGUAUCUCUCUUCGCGGCUGAAUAUCAAUGCAUUGAAAUUUAUACAUUCUUUAGGCACAGAUACAGUUUAUAUUUGCGUGCAUUGUGAAUUGACGACUCCAAAUGUACUAAAUUAUAUUGAACACUUGAAACAGAAGGAUUGUCAGUCGUAUGUUUGCGAUAAAUGUUCCUUUGUAUAUAAAAGAAAGUUCGGUUUGGUCAAACAUUUUAAUUCGUGUAUGGAUACCCAUAUUUACAUGGGCAAAGCGUCGAAAAGGAAAUGCAAUGAUUGUCUUGCUUAUUUAACUCCGAACUUGUUUAAACAGCAUAAAAAGCAUUGUAAGGCCAUUAAAUGUAGUACAUGUAAUUGGGUUUUUGAAACUGUUGACGAACUGACAUUGCACCAAACUGAUUACCAUCCGUUGUCCGUAACGUUGCAAACAUGCAAGUUCUGUAAUAAACAAUUUGUUGGUACCGUCGCAUUGGAUAAACAUGUACAAAGAGCUCACAAAUAUGGAUGUCACCUUUACAAAUAUGUGUGCAUCCACUGCAACUCAGUUUUUAACCAUCCGAAGAAAUUAUUCUGUCAUUUCUUCAGUACGCAUAAAGAUAUAGAACCCUACACUUGUAAAAUAUGCAACGAAAAAUACAGGUUGCGCAAAAAGUUCACAUUGCAUAUUAAAUUAGCACACAACAGUGUUGGUUUUGUUGAAUUUGAUGAAAAUUACCAUGUGUUCUUUACGGAGAAGAAAUCGGAGAACCCAUUUAAACCUACACCCGUUGGUUCAUUUAUGGUUGAAUCUGAAAAUCGUGAAGACAAAAUAGAUAGUAAACAAGAGGAGUUACAAGAGAAGAAAGUUAGAUUCGAUGAUGUUAAUCUUGAUGAUUUCAUGGAAGCGACUGACACUGAAGGAAAUCAGACUGACAAGCUAAAGGAUGUGGACAAGAAAAAUAAGUUAGAGAAUGCCAUUUCCGAGAAUGAGACGGACUUCCUGGAUCCGACUGAGACUGAAGGAAAUCAGACUGAUGUUGAGAAACCUAAAGAGAAAAUGCGUAAACGUAAAUUAAAGAACACAGACAAGAAGUAUAAGUCAGAGAAUGAGAUGGAUUUGAAAAAUGAUUCUUCUGAUGAUGAACCAUUAUUGCUAGUUAGGAAAAAGGUUAGGAAGCAUAGACAGCAGAAAUUAAGACUUGCAACUUGGAAUAGAAAAAAGUCAACAGUAAAAGCUGGUGAUGCUAAAAGGUUCACAUGCAAUAUAUGUGAUAAAUAUUGUUAUACAUACCAUAAUUAUCACAAUCAUAUGAGUUUACACUCGAAAAACGAAAGUAAGAAAUGCAUCAAAUGCUCCAGAUCGUUUUCGUCACAGGAGAAAUUAAAAAUCCAUAUGGAAAUGGAGCAUACAUCAUCAAAAUUGACAGAAACACUUAGAAGAUUGAUGGAGAGACGCAAGAAUGGCACGACAGUGGAGGAAGUCGAAUUAUCAACAACGGAAAAGUUUCGUAAAACGAUCAAAAGAGUUACAACAGAUAAUACCAAUUGUUCUGUUACAGUAAAACCAGUUCAAGACGAUUUAUCAGUGCAGAAAUUUAUUGAAAGCUUCACACCGGAAGUGAACAUAGCUUCGAAAAAGGAGAUUGUAAUUGAUACAGAGGUGUCACUGAAACCUGUUGUUGGUAAAAUUACAACACAACCAUUGAUUAAAUUGACUAAAUUUGAGCAAGAACCAUACUUGAAGGUGAAUUUUCAGACAAAAUUGGCUAUGCCUGUGAAGUUUAAGCCUGAUGUAGGUGAGAAACCGAAAAUAACGAUUAAAAUAAUUCCUGACUAUAGUGCAUAUAGCAAUCCUGAUAAUGAUAUGGAAAGCAGCUAUAUUGAUGACAACUUUGAUCAGUUUGAACAGGAAGUUUUGGACCAUUAUUCAGAAAUACCGGAAGUAGCCCAAGAAGUCCUGUUGGAAGAAUCAGAGGAAUCUAAACCGAUGCAAGUUCCACAUAAAAUCAUAAUACCAAAUAUACAAUUACCAGACCAAUGCAAAGAUAUAACAAUAGCCCAUCUGUUACCAGAAGCACCUUAUUACAAAAUUGUCAAGGUUAAAGAUUUAUUGAAUGAGUCACCCAAGCCUGUUAAACCUGUAGAAACUAAACCGAAGGAAUCUAUAAAACUACCAGAUGGAACUAAGUUAGUUAAUGUUAAUCCAUUAGCACAUUUAUUAGGUAAUACAUCAGUUAAUAAAGUGCUCCAAAACUCUAGAAGCAAAUAUUAUAAUUAUAGAUCGAAAUCGAGAGAUUUCGAGACGGCUAUAGCGAAGGCUAUGUUGAAGUUAGAAAAACCUGUCACAACGGUUUCAAAGAAGAAAAGUAAAUCUAACGAGUAUGCAAUCGAACAAUAGACAUUUUAAUAA